AAUAUUGAUUGCAAUUUUUUCAGUGAUAUUCAUGGGAAUUGCUAAUCCACAGGGCACAGGUGAAUCCCCAUGUCUAAAUUUUUUUGAGAAGUAACAAGUUUACGUAGAGUUGAAUUUUGCUCUUUGAAGUUCUGAGCAACAUCAUACAUGGCUGCUUCAAUCCCAAGCUGCUCAUUUCACUACAACUCCCCAUCACCAUCCUCUUCUUCAUUAUCCAGCUCCUCCAAUUGUUCAUCCACAGCCACUCCUUUCACCUUAUCUUUUCUUCCCUCCUCUGCCAUCUCCAGUAGCUACAGGGUUUCAUCCAGAAUCAGGGCCAAGUUCGAGAAAUUUCAGGGUGAAGAAGAAUCGCUGUCCACUGAGGAGAACCCACCAUUGCUAGCGCAGUCUCUAGCUCAACAACAAGAACUAGAUGGAGGAGUGGAUACAAAGGAAGAAGAUGACAGCUGCCUGCCUUCAGAUUUGGUGGAUGCUGUGAGGCAAUCUGGGGAAGCAAGUGCCACUUUUGUGUCUUCAGGAGGAAUGAGAGCAAUAGUGGAGCUUUUGAUCCCACAGCUUCAGUUUCUUGAUGAUGAAGGUGCACAAGCUGAGCUAUGGGAUCUCUCAAGGGUUUUCGUGGAAACCCUAAUGGAAAAGACAGGAACCCAGAGAGUGAAAGCCAUAUUCCCAGAUGCUGGUGCUGCUGCACUUCUCAAGUACAGAUGGAAAGAAGCAGCCUUUGGAUUUGCUAGCUUGGGCGACAGGAAGCCAGUUGAUAGCGAAGAUGAGAUUGUGGUUAUGGUUGUUCCUGAUUACCAAAUGCUCUCAUCUGUGGAGAAAAUCACAGCUAGUCUUUCAGACGAUCCGCCAAGGCCACUCAUCAUGUGGAAUCCGCGCCUCAUUAGUGAAGAUGUUGGAGUUGGGAUCAAUGUUCGCAAUCUCAGGCGCUACUUCUUGAGCACUUUCACCACAGUUUACUCGAUGAGACCUCUGCCAGAAGGUGCUGUCUUCAGGUGUUAUCCAGGAUUGUGGAAGGUGUUUUUUGAUGACAAAGAGAGGCCUAAUAGAUAUAUGCUCGCUAAAGAGUUUAUAAGGCGCCCUGAUGCUGACGAUAUCGAGAUAAUAUUUGGGAAUGGAGGAGAAAACUCCGAGGAGGGUCAAUCUUUCUUCAGCCAAGCUGCUAGCAUUUUCUCUUCUAUAAACAGAUUCAUGAGAGUCAUAUCAAAGUAGCUAGCUUAUAUGUGUACAUCCCCCACAGAGAUCCCUCAUACUUCUGAAGCCAUGGAAACACAGCUGUUAGUGAUCAAGAAGGAUGCAGUUAUCUUACAUUAUAGUUAUGAGUUCUGCCAUGACGCUGGCUCACUGCUUGUAAAACCUUGAAACUUCAAUACCAAUCUACAUGCUUUGUUGAUGUCUUUGGUUGCUUGGUCUUCGGCUUCUGGACUGACUGUUCUCAAAUCUUGCUUUGACAAUGAGUGAAUACUGCACUUCAGGUUCUGCUGAGCAGUCGUAGGGUACGCCAUGCAGAAGUCCAGAAUACCACAUUGUUAAGUGCAGCAAGUUGAGAAACUAAGCUUAGUGAUCUACUUGGAGGCAGAUGAUGACCCAACCUAUACAACUCAUAAUUCAAAAUCGACCCGGUUUGUAUUAAUCUGCAACCCAUUUACCUAUGACAUGUUCUGACCCUGUCCAUACCAGCAAUGGACUCCCCAGGAGGCUGAUUAAAUACAUUUGACUUGUGGGAUUUAUUAGUGUUAGGCGAUAGUUUCGGCACACAAAAGAGAGAAAAAGAAUGCAUAUUUUGCAUUAGAACUUAAAAUAAGGAUGGAAUGCUCACCAAGAAAAAAAAAAUUAAUGAUUACAAUUACA